UUUCAUAACCACACAAAGUUCACCUGAGCUGAGGACUCGCAAAUGGAUCAGCUUCACAUUUUAACACUGUUUGGAUUUCUAGCAGCUGUUAAUGGAGCCCAAAAUGCGUCAAGCUCGUCGUACCUGAUCUUAGUCUCCAGAGUCGUGCGACCCGGGAUUCCCACCACAGUCUCAGUCACGAACCUCAGAGAUUCUCCUGUGUUAGUUGUCUCUGAGUUAAUCCAUGGAAACAGCAGUAUCCAAACUCAGAGCAGCAUUAAAGCAGGGUCGACAGAAACGCAAGUUCUUCCUGCAAUUUCUGAGACUGAUAUGAGCUACUGGUUCCCGUAUGAGCUGAGUGUCAGAGGCUAUGUGAAAGGAACUCUGGUCUUCUCUAAUUCCACCAUGCUGCACUACAGCCCCAAGAGCAUGUUAAUUUUACUGCAGACCGACAAGCCAAACUACAAGCCAGGCCAAGCAGUGAAGAUCCGGGCAGUGCUCUUAACCCCCGACGGCAAGCCGUACGACGAACAGAUAGACAUUGUCAUUAUGGAUCCCAGGCAGAACAGGGUUCAUCAGUGGCUGUCAGUGGACACUGUCCUCGGCACGGCAUCUAGAGAGUUCCAGCUUUCUGAGAACCCCCCGCUUGGAAAGUGGGAAAUGAUGGCCUCAGUAAAUGAAGUCACACAGAAGCAGGUAUUUAAUGUCCAUCAUUAUGUGCUCCCCAAAUUUGAGGUUGAGGUGGAAGCUCCUGAAGUGCUUUACUAUAAAGAUCACCUGACAUAUACUGUUACUGCACAAUAUUUAUACGGAAAGCCAGUUAUGGGAAUGUUAACCAUAACGUAUGUUCACGGUUUCCAUGGUGUUGAAGCACAUUAUGGAGAUCAGAAAAUGAUUGAUGGCACAGCAGAUUUGAGCUUUGAUGUUCCUGCGCUGUAUCGGCGGAAGCGCUUUGAUGACUAUUUGUAUCCAUAUUACGGAGGAUCUGAGACCAGUGACUAUAUCGACAUUAACGUGCAGGUCACAGAACGUUUGACCGGAGUGACUCACAACAGCACUGUGAGGAUUUCUAUUGCGAUGUGUAGAUAUAAUCUGGAAUUUCAGCACUAUCCCCCCACCAUAAAGCCAUCACUCAGCUUCUCAUUCCAGCUAAAACUGUCCACCUACAACAACCAUCCCCUGACCUCAGAGGACCAGGACAGGCGUGUGAGUGUAACCAUCAGUCAGCAGACUUUCAGUCCGAUGGUAUGGGAUGACCCCGCAAAUCUUCAACCACGAAGUCACAACUUCACUAAUUCAACACAGGACAUCUUCCCAGCCUCCACCUUCCCUUACCCUUCUGGAAAUAUGCCAGUGGAGAGGUUGCAGCUGUAUGUUCCUGCUGAUGGAGUUUUACCCAUCAGUACACAGCUCACAGAAGAUGUGGCUACGCUUACCAUAGAGGUCCAGUAUGAAGACACACACAAAACCUUACAGCUGUACAGAGAAUACUCAUCUCCCAGCAAAUCUUAUAUCCAGCUUCAAACAACCAGCAACUUCCAGAUCGGACAGCCUUUGACAAUCACGGUGGAAACAAAUUUUCCCUUUGCUAAGUUCCAUUACAUGGUGACAGCUCGUGGUCAGGUUCUGGAUGCUGGGACAUUGAAUUCGUCUUCCUUUACACUGUCUCCAGACUUGUCGUGGUUUCCUUCGGCCAGUGUUGUGGUCUACUGCAUCCGUCCUGAUGGAGAGAUCAUCAAUGACGCACUAGAUGUUUCUUUCACGCAAGUCCUGAGAAACAAUGUGUCUCUGAGCUUUGGGACACAUAGGGCAGAGCCAGCAGAGGCGGCUUUUCUUACCGUCUCUGUGUCUGAGCCUGGAUCACUUGUGGGAAUCCUGGUGGUGGACAAAGGGAGCCUGGACUCAGAAAGGACCAAUGACAUCACAGAGAGGAAGGUGAUAGAGGAGCUGUCUAAGUUCAGUACAGAGGUUUCUCAGCCUCUGCUGGAUUGGAUGAGCAUGAGGGAUCCAUAUUCAGUCUUCAUGGCGAGUGGUAUGACUGUCCUGACAGAUGCGAGGCUGAACCCUGUUUACACCUACCUACCUGUGUUUAGGCCUGAAUUACCAGGGGAGGGAGUGCAAAUGCUCGCCCUAGAGGAGGAAGAACAGCAGCAGCGCAGGAAUUUCCCUGAGACAUGGCUGUGGCUGGACAUCAACAUGAAUCAGUCUACCACAACAUUUCUCCCACUGACUGUGCCGGACAGCAUGACUUCCUGGGUGGCCACUGCCUUUGUAAUAUCUGAAAAUCUGGGCUUGGGUAUUAGUGCUCCUGUGGAGCUGAAAGUGUUCAAAGACUUCUUCCUGUCCCUGAAUCUCCCUGCUUACAUCAUCCGCGGGGAGCUGCUGCUGCUGGAGGUCAGCCUGUUCAACUACAUGGACCGGGACCUGGAGGUGUUCGUCAUGGUCCAAGAGAGCAGUAUGUUUGAGUUUGUGUCUCCUAGUGGUGAGGACUCUUCUAUGGAUGGCAUGAUGAGGGUGUCUAUAUGGAGUCAGAAUGGCACUACAGUGCUGUUCCCCAUUAAAGUCAUGGAAUUAGGACAGGUGCCCAUCAUCGUCAAAGCCACCUCCCUCUAUGCCUCCGAUUCUGUCUACCAGACCAUCCUGGUCAAGCCCGAAGGAAUAGAGCAGUCGUUUACUCAGACACUGUUUCUGGAGUUUCCCCUGAACAAGAUGAUCCUGUCCAGAGAGCUGGAGUUUAACUUCCCUGUAAAUGUGGUGCCAGGCAGUCAGAGGGCUAUGGUGACUGCUGUAGGUGACCUUCUGGGGCCAUCCAUCAGCGGUCUGGACGCGCUUAUUCAGAUGCCAUAUGGCUGUGGUGAACAGAACAUGAUCAAUUUUGCCCCAAACGUUUACAUCCUGCAGUAUCUGAGCAGUACAGGCCGGAUUGAUGAGGAGAUCCGUAGCAAAGCUGUGACCUACAUGACACAAGGUUAUGAGCGCGAAUUGUCAUACCAGAGGAUAGACGGCUCUUUCAGUGCAUUUGGAGACAGCGACUCUUCUGGUAGCACAUGGUUAUCUGCUUUUGUGCUGAGGUGCUUCCUCCAGGCUCGGGCCUUCAUCUACAUCGAUGAGGCAGUGCUGAUGAGGACGGCCUACUGGCUGAGCGCCCAACAGGGGCCAGACGGGGCCUUCCAAGAGCCGGGCCGGGUCAUCCACACCGAGCUACAGGGCGGGCUGGACAGCUCUGUGUCUCUCACUGCUUAUGUUCUUAUGGCCCUUCUGGAGGAUGUGGAAUACAAUCGUACCUUCUCAGGCCAGGUAUCUGCUGCUAUAAACUACCUGACCUUAAAACUCAGCAGAGGCAUCUCCAGUAACUACAGCCUGUGUCUAGUGACCUACGCACUCUCUCUGGCCCAAAGCCCGCAUGCUACCACCGCCCUCAAUGAGCUGAUGAACAGAGCCCAGAUACAUAAUGAUGUGCCCACAUGGAGCUCUCCGGACUCCAGCUUGUUGGACUCUUGGCAGCCGCGCUCAGCAGACAUUGAAAUGGCGGCCUACACGCUGCUGUCCAUCUACAAACAAGGCAGUGUGGAGCACGGCUUCAGUCUAAUGAAGUGGCUCAGCCAGCAGAGGAACCAUCUCGGAGGAUACAGUUCCACCCAGGACACAGUGAUUGCACUGCAGGCUCUCUCAGCCUAUGCCACCCUGAGCAGUGUGGAGCAGAUUGACCUCACCAUCACAGUGACUGAUCCCAGAGAUGAAGUAGCCACCUUCACUAUAAACCGAAGCAACUACCUCCUGUACCAGAGCCAAGAGAUUGAAGCCAAGGAGGAGCUCCAUAUCCGGGUGUCAGCAAUGGGAAAAGGAUUUGCUGUGUUCCAGCUUACUACAUUCUACAACAUAGAGGCCAAAGGGCUGUCCCGCAGACGUCGUGAUGCCCACACCCCCGAGGCCUUUGAUUUGGACAUACAUGUCAUGGACUACGACCUGUACAAUAUCUACAUUUUUAUAUGUUUCCGGUUAUCAGAGGACCAGGAGUUGAAUCAGACCGGCAUGGCUAUUCUGGAUGUUGGCCUUCUCACUGGCUUCAGUUUGGCUCAGAAUGGCAUCCUCAUAAACAGCCUGGUCAGAAGAGUGGAGACAUCACCAGGAAAAGUCAUCCUCUACUUAGAUUCAGUAACCAAGAUUGAAGAAUGUAUUGAAGUUCCAACCACAAUGGAAUUCAAAGUGACCAGUGUUCAAGAUGCAGCAGUUGCCAUUUAUGACUACUAUGAGCCACGGAGGAAAACAGUGAAAACCUAUACAUCUGAGGCCAGACGAGACUUGCCAGUUUGUCAUAUCUGUGGAAAAGACUGCUCUCAGUGUGAAAAUAAUGAAGUGUCUGUGUAUGAUAGCAUCCUGUCUUCACACCAGAGCAACUAUUUAGUUCAGUGCCUGGCCUUUGUUCUUCUUAUCACCUUAGCACUUUGCUUCUGAGUAAGAUGUUCACUGAAAUGUGAGGUUCCUUCACAUUGGUGUGAAAGUUUCUGUUGUGUAAUUUGGAACAGGAUUUGGAAAAGAAAACCCAAAAAUGGAAAUACAGAUGUGGUGGUCAAUUGAUACAAAGUGAGUACUGCAAAAUAUCUGCAGUAGGUCAGUAAAAUAGAUAUGCAUAUUACUGUGCACUGUAAAAAGUAAUGCAUUGAAUGUACUUUCCACAUGAAUAAAGCAGCAACACAAGUUUAUCUUUCAGUUUACUUACAAUUUGCAAUAACUGUGCAAAUUUGCAAUAACUGUGCAAAAAGUAUACUUACAAAAAUAAUUUCAAUGGAUUACUUUUAUGCAGUGUAAUUAAAUGAACUGUAAUUAAUUCAAAUUAUACAUAUUACCACUUUAGUAAGAAUGUGAAUUGUCAUUUGAUGUUGAAUCUUGCUGCUCAGCUUUUAGAGAAUUCUGACGCUGUUUGAAAUGAAUUAACAUGGUUUAGAAAUAAAUAGCACCCUUUUU